AUGGAUUUAAACCAAGAAAAUUUGGCGGUGCAACAAAAUAUGAAUCCAAAUGAACAUAACACAAAUACAACAACUAUGAAUAUCAACCAAGAUAAUAGUUUGAACAAUGUUGUGCACUUAGAUGAUGAUGAUGAAGAAGCCGAUGCUUCUGUGCACUUAGAUGAUGAUGAUGAAGAAGCCGGUGGAAAAUAUCACGGAGAAGCUAACGAUGAUGAAGAGCGGGUUUUAGGAAAUGAGUUAGAGUUAUGUGAUGUUGAUCGGGAAAUGGAGAAUGAAUUCACUAAAGAGGAUUUUGUUGUAGGUCCAAUCUCUGGAAUGCGAUUUAGAGAUAAAGAUACUUUGUUUGCAUUCUACAAAAAACAUGCACGACUGAGAGGAUUCUCCGUCAUCAAAAGAAAUUCCAACAAGAAGGGUAGUGACACUGCCAGGUAUAUAACCUACUGUUGUGAUAGGACUUGGAUUCACAAAAUCAAGUUUACCACCAAGAGUAACAAUUGUAAAGCUAGGCUAGCUACUGUUUUGGAUGAUUCUGGUUGUUGGCGCAUCUCUAAGGUCAUUCAUGAUCACAAUCAUGAUUUGCUCCCAUCCGUAUCGCGCAUGAUGGCUGGACAUAGGUCUGGUUGUGAUUCUUUGAAGAGGGAUCUUGUAGCUCACGAUCGAUCUGGCAUUAGACCCUCCAAGAAUAUUAGACUUGCUGAGGUUCAACGUGGUGGACCGCAAAAUUUGGGUUGCACUCUAAAGGAUUGUAGAAAUUAUAUUUUGACGACUAGGAAUUUUGAAAUGAAAGAAGGGACGCACAGUCGCUGCUCAACUUUUUUCGUGAAAUCCAGACAGUCCAUCUUAUUAGGAUGUGCUCUCAUGUCUCAUGAAGAUAUCGAUAGUUACAAAUUAGUUUUUAGAACUUGGCUUGAUGCCAUGGGAAAUGUUCAUCCAGAUGCGAUCAUAACUGGUCAGUGUCAGAGCAUUAAGGUAGCCAUUGCUGAAGUGAUACCAAAUACAAUACAUAGUAUUUGGCAUAUAUUCUCAAAGUUGCAUGUUUAUUUAAGUGGUGUUCGUCCUUCUAAAAUUGCACGUGCAGAAUUUAAAUCCAUGGUCCUUGAUAGCAUUACUAUUAAAGUUCUUGACAGAAAGUGGACAGAAUAUAUUGCAAG